GGAAGUGGAUAAGUUUUGAUUGCCGCGAGCCAUUGAGCGGACGAUCCAGCGUUAGAGGCGAUCAGAGGGGUAGCAACAAGUUUUGACCAUUAAACUUGUCUCCUGGACCCCGGACGAUGGACAUGUCAGUGCCGUUCAGGAUUUCCAUUGAUAGCAUCUCACUCUGGGGCAGAGGCUCUUGAGGCUUUCUUGUUUGACUUGCACUGUAGGACUUUUAGCGUACGCAUCGUGCUAGUAAGGUCUGCGAUGCAAAGCCAAGAAUAGCACUGAUAAGACUAGAGAGACUAGAGUGACUAGAGAGACUAGAGAGACACAAGACUGAUGGAACGUUUGUAAUACAAGCGAUACUGAAGACGAGACAUAGAUCUUCUACAUCUGUAAGACAGAUUAUCUUCUUCAUCCUGGCGAUUUAAUUACUCAAUGAGAUCGAACACAUCAAACAAAAUGUAUCGGUACCAAGCUUCGAUGCUGAGAAUACCUCCCUGUUAGUGAGUAUCGAUAAAUCCCACCCGGCCAUGAAUAAACAGAAUGACGUCGACUGUUUCUCUAUCUUCCGGUUACCAGUCUUUAGCUUCGUCUACUUCCGCCGGCGCUAUCUUCGCAGGUCGCUCUCUUUUCUGGCCGCCAUCUUCACCAUCAUAUUCAUCUUGAAGAUACAGCGACUGAUCAGCGACCUCGACGAUGUUCAAGGCGCCAAGGCAAAAGUCAACCUGCAUUGGUCACUCACAAAAGUCGUCUCCGCUGCACUGCCUGUUUCUUCUGAGGACAAAGUUGAGCAGGAGAAAGCCAGACUUCGUUUUGCGGAGUUCGGAGUCGAUUUGAUACCAGUCCAGCGAAUGGGCACCGAGAGUGGCGGACGCUAUUUCGCUAACAUCCAGGUGCUUCAUGUUAACGAGAGCAUCUUAACAUCCGAGGGAGGGGAUGAAAUGCCCGGGCAUAGAGCGAGGGAUGAGUUGCUUCGUGAGUCAGAACGAUCCCUCGAUCACGUGAUGUCCUUGGAUCUUAGCAUCACUCCCAAGCCAGGCAAUCAGCAAGUUCUAAGCCCUGGGUCUCUUUACCUGACAAUUUUAGUCCUAUCACGGGCCAGCAAUGUUCUCAUGAGGCAGGCCAUACGAAAGACGUGGGGGCUUGAUGCCCACGACAUGGGAACAUGCGUGCGUUUCGUGGUGGGGCACGAAGACACGUGGGACCAGAUCGUGGAAAGGGAACAGAGGAUGCACAACGACGUCAUAGCGGUGGACGAAGAAGACACUUAUGAGUAUCUUCCCAAUAAAGUCUUCGACGGUAUCUCAUGGAUUCUGCAGCAGGUUGACAAGCCCAAGUUUGUCAUGAAGGUUGACGACGACACGUUUGUCAACCUCCUGUAUCUUCUCCACGAGCUGCAUAAAGGCAUCAUCAACUCAACACAGAUACUCGGAGCUAUCUGCGUCAACGCCACAGUCAUCCGAGACUCGGGGGACAAGUGGGCUGUCAGCUUUCUGGACUACCCGUUUCCGGUUUUCCCAACGUACGCUAACGGGGGCGGUUACGUGAUGACCCUUAACGCAGCGUCUUUGUUGGUUGAGGCGAGGUCAAGGACGUUCGACUGGCUGCACCUCGAGGACGUAUACAUCACGGGCAUGCUAGCCAUGAAGGCUGGUCUCUCUCACGUGACACAUCCGGGCUUCUCGUACUGGUCUAGCCCGAAAGCUAAGCCCUGUGAUUUCGUACUGAACAAGCGAAUUCUUAGUGUGAAUCACACAGAGAAGGAGUUUUACCGUAUGUACACGGACAUUCAGGAGCUCAUCCAAUCCAAGGAUGUUAACUUGAGGUGUAAACCUGAAAAAAUAAGAGACAUCCGUUAAUUUGACUCCAUCAGUAUUAUUUAAGUUUAGAAUUUUCAGACGGCAAACUUGUUCAAGCUAUGUCGAGAUGAAGUGAUUAAAUCAGAAUAGAAUGUUGCCAUGACGAUAACAACUUUACGCUUGGAUUGAGCUGUGGAAAAUGAAAGAUGAAUCAAGCUUUCAACACUUUCAACACUUUCAAAGCUCAAAGCUGGUUUUUUAUUCUAGCCAAUCGUUUGCGAACGUAAAAACAGUGAGCUGGGCGCCUCAUUGUCAACAGGUGCACGCAGGAAAAGAUGAACUUUUCAUCUUAUGCCGUAAACUGUAUUGACACUUGGAAAAAACAUUUUUUGGAGGAUAUCCAUAGAAUCACGCACACUCAAGGCGCAUUAGUUUAAAAUUAAAUACAGGUUCAAUAUAUGGAUAAAAUUCAAAAUUUAUUCUUUUAUCAUUUAGUCACAUAUCGUCUUUCAUUUUUAAAGUGAUCUGAUUAUAUAUGCCAUGACCUUGUUGUUAUUGUGAUAAAAUGGUUUUUGAAAUGUUUAUUUUAUUUGUUUUAGUUUUUGUAUGUAUCCUAUGGCCUGUAUUUAA